UUGCUUGAAUUCAAAAUGGAGGCACCACUACUAGUUGAUGUGAGGAAAGAAUCAUGUACUGAUCAUCAUCAUGAUGAAGAGAAUGAUUACUUGGGAGUGAAGAGCUUGAAGGAUGCAAAGUUUGUGUUGUGGAAUGAGACAGUGAAGUUAUGGAAGAUAGCAUUGCCAGUGGCACUUUCCUCACUCUUUCAGUUUCUCAUAAAUUCCUCAGUUAACAUAUAUGCUGGCCAUAUUGGAGACAUAAUUCUCUCUUCUAUUUCUGUUUACACUGGUGUCAUCAGUUCUAUCUAUCUUUGUUUGCUGUAUGGCAUGUCAUCAGCAGUGGCAACACUUUGUGGACAAGCAUAUGGAGCAGGACAAAUUCAAUCCACUGGAAUUUUUGUUCAAAGAUCAUGGAUUGCAUUAUCUGUGACAUCCAUAUUUUUGUUACCUACACACAUAUAUGCAACACCAAUCUUAGAGUUUCUUGGCCAAGAAAAAGGCAUAGCCAAAAUUGCUGGCAAUUAUGCCUUACAAGUAAUUCCAAACAUGUUUUCCUAUGCAAUUAGUCUUCCAAUCCAAAGAUUCCUUCAAGCACAAUGCAAAGUCAAUGCAAUCAUGUUCAUAUCAUUUGUGUCCCUAGUGAUACAAAAUUUGUUGCUUUAUAUAUUCAUAAAUGCAAUGGAUUUGGGUACAACAGGUUUAGCUUUGGCCACUAAUGUAACAGGUUGGGUUUUUGCUUUGGCUCUUACAAUCUAUGCUUCUUGUUGGUGCAAAGAAGGGUGGAAUGGUUUGUCUUGGAUGGCUUUUUCUGAUUUAUGGGCAUUUAUUAGGUUAAGUCUUUCAUUUUCUGUGAUGACUUGCUUAGACCAAUGGCAUGGUAAUUUUGUUGUGCUACUUGUUGGUCAACUUCAAAAUCCUGUGAUUGCUCUUGGUUCCUAUUCUAUUUGCAUGAAUAUUCUGGGUAUCUACGCCAUGCUUCUCUUUGGAAUGAGUAUCGCCACCAGUGUUCGUGUGUCUAACACACUUGGCAUGUCACAUCCAAGAGCAGCAAGAUAUUCAUUCUUUGUGGCAAUGUUUGAGUCCCUUUUCAUGGGGAUUUUAUUCAUGAUCGUAAUCUUCUUUAGCAAACAACAAAUUGCCACCAUCUUUACCAACAGUGACGAUAUGAUCAAAGCUGUGGGUGAUUUAGCUAAUGUUCUUGCUCUAGCCUUGAUUAUUAGUAGUGCUUCGCUAGUGAUAACAGGUGUGGCUACGGGAUGUGGAUGGCAAGUAAUGGUUGGAUACAUAAACUUGGCAUGUUAUUACAUUUUGGGACUCUCGCUUGGCUAUUUCCUUGGUUUCAUUCAACAUUUAGGUGUCAAGGGGCUAUGGGGUGGGACACUGUCCGGAAGUAUUAUUCAGAUUUUGGUCAUCACAGUUAUUAUUUGGAGAACCAACUGGACCAAGCAGGUGGAGCAAACAGCUAAUCGCAUGCAAAAGUGGAGCCCCAAGGGCAUCCGAAAAGAGAUGAUAUAAAAUAUUAAAAUGUAACAUCUCCCAAGAACCUUAAAAGACAUAAGAAAGGACUCUGUUCCCAUUUCAUAUGGUGUGGAAUUGUAAUUCCUUAGUAUAAAAAAAAUUGUUGAUAUUGUAAUCAUAUCUCAAUAGGGUCAAUAUUUUGUAAAGUUAAUAAUCCCUUCUAAGAGAG